CGUGAUUCCGUCUCGCGGCUCUGCAGCACUUCAAAACACCUCUCUCUCUCUCUCUCUCUCUCCAUCCAUGGAUCUGUCUGCCUUCUCCUACCAAAAGUUCGUCCAGUUUGCUUUGGAAGAGACCCAACGCCGGACAACUCUCAGCCCUCGUCCCAUCCAGGAGAACCUCAAAUGUUUGAGGUCUAAAGAUGGCAAUGCUACACUUCAUACACUCUCAUUUAAAGCUCCCAAGAUUAGGCAUAUUCGGAGUUUAUCGAUUGAAGGAGGUCCUUCCAUGCAAGUGCUUGAUUUUGCAGCAUUUCCUGAACUAAAAUUUGAUUUUCCAAUAUUUUGUGCCAACUUUUUUACAACAUCUACUCUUAGUAUUAUUGUACUGGACCUUAAUCCUCUAUAUGGCGCCACCCUUCAAAGGGAUUACAAAGAGAAAUAUUAUCGAAGCUUGAUGCCCCUUUAUCAGAAAUAUGCUGAGCUUUUGCCCUGGGGAGAUAAGAUCACAAGCGAGUCCCUUAAAUUUUUUUCACCCAUCGUCAUAUGGUCCAAGAUCAAUUCAACCCCGCAGAACUAUGAGGUCUUAUAUGCGACAUUCAAGGAUUAUUUUAAGGCAUGGCUUGUUUCAAUGGAACUGGCAGUGGAGGCAGUGAAUGAAAUGCAAACUGUUUGUAACUGUGAAGCGCAGCAUAAAUACUUAGCAUGGAGAGCAGAAAAGGAUCCAGGACAUCCACUAUUGAAAAGAUUAAUUGGAGAGAAUCUGGCAAGAGAAAUGAUUAGGCACUUUCUAUUUGAGGGUGUUGAUUCAUUGGGAACCAAGACCUUUUUAGAUUAUUUCCCUGAAUACCAUUGUGUGGACGGUUCAAUAAAUCAGAAGCGCAGCAUCAUUGGGAAGGCUUAUAAAACCCGCCCAUGGGAUGCUGGAGGAGAAUUCAUUGGUAGCAAGGCUAGUUAACUACUGCUGAAUCUCUGUUGAAAAUUUUGAAUGAAAUGGUUCUUUUGUUAUUGUUAUAUAUAUAUUAACUUAUGUUUGACUUUUUGUUUUGUUGUUUAUGUAACUUUAAUGACUUUUUGAGAACACAUUUUUUUAUGGCUGUUGUGUAUCAUAUUUACUUGGAUGAUUUUUUCAUGUCAUUAAACGUUUCCAUUUA